UGCUUUUUGUUGUCUACAGGUUUUUAGUAUGCCCGUCAUUGGCAUAGUGAAUACAACAUGGCGGGUUGUUGACGGAAAUCGUAAUUUUGUUGAAGUCACUUCAAUUCCUACCUUUUGAAUAGAGUUUUUAGUCAAAGAUUUCAAAUGGCAGAAGUUCAUGUGAUAGGACAGAUAAUUGGAGCAUCAGGAUUCCCAGAUCAUAGCUUAUUUUGCAAAUGGGGUAUUCAUUCAGGUGGUGGGUGGAAAAUUCUUAGUGGGCUAAGAGAGGGUCAAACUCAAGUGGAUAACCCACAAAGUCAUGAAGCAGCUUAUUUUGCUCACCCUAUUGAUAUUCACUUUGCUACCAAAGGAAUCCAAGGUUGGCCAAGACUUCAUUUUCAAGUGUGGCAUCAAGAUGCUUUUGGUAGAAAUGAACUCUAUGGGUAUGGAUUUGUCCAUCUUCCUACCUCACCUGGAACACAUGAAAUAGACUGCCCAACAUGGCGACCAACUGGUACAUUGAUGGAGAGCGUAUCACAGUUUUUUUUAGGUGGUGGCCCUCAUCUUAAAAAUCCUGAUCUUAUUUACAGUGGUGCAGAUCGUUACAGGCUCCAAACCAUUGCUAUGGGAAAGAUCCAUUUGCGGAUAGGGAUUAUAUUAAGGAACUUUGACAAAUUUGGCAUUGAGUGUUAAAAUGUGAAAACCCGGCAGUUGUAUUAAGGAUAAAAAGUGUAUCAUUUCCCUCCAGAAGUGUAUUUAUAUUUUUUACUUAAAAAUUUAUUGUUAUGCCUUAAUGUGUACCACAUUUUGAAAUAACUUGUAAAUAUUAUGUAAAUUUAAUGUUAAUGCAUUGUUUUAAAUUGUUGUAGCAUGUCAUAAUACACUAAUCACUGUAGACAGUUAUAAAAUAAUUUUGAUUCUACAUUCAUUAGAAAUAAAUAUUAAAUUUUCGGUUGCUGAAUUCAUAUUAUUUCACAUUUUGUCUAUAUUUCAAUAUCAGUUCACAUCCCAAAUAAAAAACAAUCAAAUUAUUUUUGUUUAAU